UUUAUGAAUUAUUGUGACGUCUGUCAAAUAGAAGCUAGCCUGCAACUGAACGGUAUUCGGCAAGUUUGAUUUGUUUUAUGUAAACUUGAAUAGUGAAGCGGAUUAAGUAAAGCUAAUAAAAUACUAAAAUAUUAAUUAGUUAGUAUGGGAGAAUCUACUGAGCCAGUAAAGAUCAAUAAAUGGGAUGGAGCUGCGGCUAAGAAUGCUAUUGAUGAUGCCAUUAGAGAGGUAUUUACCGGAGAUCUGAAAUGUAAAGAGAGUUUUGCACUAAUUGAUGGACGACUAUUUCUAUGUGCUCUUGCAGUCGGUGUUGCACUAUAUGCUUUGCUCUGGGAUUACUUGUACCCAUUCCCACAAUCCAGGCUAGUAUUGAUAGUUUGUGUUUCAUCAUAUUUCAUCUUGAUGAGCAUCCUCACACUGUACACAACUUUCAAGGAAAAGGGAAUAUUUGUUGUUGCGAAGGAGAAAGUUGGUAAUAACACAAAAGUAUGGGAAGUUAGUUCCUAUGUUAAAAAACAUGAUGACAAGUAUAAUUUAAUAGUAAAUAUGCGUGACUCAAAUGGGAAAGUCCGGGAAUCAUCAAUUAAUAAGUCAUUUGCAAAUUACAUAGAUGUCAACGGCACUGUCGUUCAAAGUAUAGUGUCCAACGAAAUUGUUAAGUUGUACAACUCAUUGUCUUCCGAGAAGAAAGAGAAGUGAUUGUGUGCUGAGAGGAUAUAAGUGUUUUAAAUUUAAUAUGAAUUUUGGUGUGGCAAGAUCUUAAUUGAAAAUAAAAUAUUAAAUCAUA